GUUUGCAUAGAAAGCCCCGCCCCUGGCUUUGCAGGACGUCAGCGAGGACUGCAGGGGCCUGAGCCUCCGCCGCCGCCUGCAGCCCCCCGCAUCCUUUUCUGUGGCCCAGUCGCCAGCGCAAUCGCCACGGUCGCCGUCGCCAGCGUUGUCUCAUCUUAGAGAGGGCAAGAUGGCGUCGGCCACAGACUCUCGCUAUGGGCAGAAAGAGUCCUCAGACCAGAACUUCGACUAUAUGUUCAAGAUCCUGAUCAUUGGCAACAGCAGCGUGGGCAAAACCUCCUUCCUCUUCCGCUAUGCAGACGACUCCUUCACUCCGGCCUUUGUCAGCACCGUUGGCAUAGACUUCAAGGUCAAAACCAUCUACCGCAAUGACAAGAGAAUCAAGCUGCAGAUCUGGGACACAGCAGGGCAAGAACGGUACCGUACCAUCACCACAGCCUAUUACCGAGGCGCUAUGGGUUUCAUUCUAAUGUAUGACAUCACCAAUGAGGAAUCCUUCAACGCAGUGCAGGACUGGUCCACUCAGAUCAAAACAUACUCAUGGGACAAUGCCCAGGUGCUGCUGGUGGGGAACAAGUGUGACAUGGAAGACGAGCGAGUGGUGUCCUCAGAACGUGGCCGGCAGCUAGCUGACCACCUGGGCUUUGAGUUCUUCGAGGCCAGCGCCAAGGACAACAUUAAUGUCAAGCAGACCUUUGAGCGUCUGGUGGAUGUCAUCUGUGAGAAGAUGUCAGAGUCCCUGGAUACCGCGGACCCUGCGGUCACAGGCGCCAAGCAGGGCCCGCAGCUCACGGACCAGCAGGCUCCGCCUCAUCAGGACUGUGCCUGCUGAGUCACCUCCCUUCCUGCUGCCAGGGGCUCGUCCCCCACCCCCUGUCACCCUAUUUAUUAUUGUAGCUAUUUAUUUAUUUAUUGAGGAUGUGCCCUGAGCGCACCCCUCCCCACCCUGUACAUACCUCCACCCAGCUCUGCCUGGUGUAUUGUGGUCACCGCUGCCCCCUCAUUUUAAGACCCCUCCCGCCAUUUUUGUUUUUGUAAACCAUCCCAUCCACAGUUGUCAGUUGUGAAGAGGGGACCAGAUGUCACUCUGCAGCAGGCUGAUGGGAGAUGGCAGGGCCUGCCAGCUCUGCAGCUGAGGGAUUGCCAUAUGGACCACCUGGUUGACAGACUGGCUUCCUGCUUGCCUGGGCCUUCUGCCCUAAACUUUGGGAUAGAUGGGGUGUGGGGGGAUAUAUUCGCCACUUUUGGAUAUCCCCCAAACCUGUUCUGACAUCAUGAGUGUCAAAUGUGUCCCACGCUUCCCUAGAAGUUAUGAACACUACACACAGUCAAUAAAGCGAAUGGACCGUGCUGAGUCUCUGCUGGCCCGGCCCGUGCACCCACCCCACAAGACAGUCCUUGACAUUAAAGAGAGAAUUUAAUGAAAUUUCUGCA